CAUUUUGAAGAAAAUACCCCUCGUGGGUGACGAAUUACAUAAAUAUUUUACGAGCGCUGACUUACCCCUCUCGACGUUUUGACAGUUUGUCUGAUUGUUUUUCUCCCUCACCUUGCGUCGUCGUUUCGGUUUUGAAUCGACGCAUAAAUAAAUAUUAAUCCGUAUCAAAAUUGAUAUGUUUCUUUGUGCGGGGUGUAGUAAAUGAGAGCCGCUUCCAUUAUAAAAAAUCGGAGAGGAUUUAUUUGACCGGAACCUGGUUCGCUGUUCGCUCUUGUCAUCGUCACCGAAAAAUUGGCAAAAAAUGUGUGGUGCACGGCUGCGGAAGCCGAACCGGAGAUACGGUUUCAUUUUACGGAUUUCCGAACGAUCCUGGCACGUUAACGCAGUGGCUUCAUUUCUGUGAUCAGGUGGAAAUGCGUGAAGCAGGACAAAGCAAGGAUGUGUUCAAGUUCCGGCAUGUAUGCUCAAAGCACUUUGAGAGGACAGCAUUUAAGAAUCCAUUGAUCGUAUCUUUAGGAUUACAAAAGCAUGCGGUUCCCACUAUCAAAACGCUGAACCCCACCGCAGUGGAGGACAACGUAUUGGAUUACGAGUCACAGUACAUCGAACUUUUAAGCAGCGACAUGACCGUUGAUACUGGUGUUGUUGAAGAACAAAUAGAUUAUGAUCGUGCCAUUGUGUGCACUCCACGGAUACGACGACUUUUAAGGCCCAAUGUCCACGUAGCGGUUUUCAAGCUGCGUGCACGCCGCGUCACGUAAGGUACCCAGC